ACAGGAGUUCCGCUGUAUUUCCUGGUGUGCUUGAUCCCAGAUCGGAACCAUUUUACUUGGACCUAGAUCCGGUAUUUCAAUAAAAAGACAAAACAACACCGUUUGCUGAACUCUAGAAGAGAAAUCGGAAAUCACACGCCAUAGUAUGACAGGCUAAUAAUGGCAACAAUGCAAUUAUAGUUCAGCCACUUUAUCAAACGGCGCACGGCUCAUCAUAACCAUACAAACAACAAGCUUACCUGCCUGCCAUCUUGUGGUAGUACUAAUUAAUAAUAUACAAACAGAUGACUAUGUGAGAGAACAGAAGACUCUUUCCAAAUCCUUCCGUCGGAGAGUUGGAGUUUAUUGCAAUUUUUUUUGACAUUUGAGAUAAAACACAAGUGAACUUGCCAUCUGGGAUUUGACUUUUCAUCGAACGUAUCUCUAAAAGUUGUGUCUAUUUAUUUGAGACGAGAAGCUUUGGGCGAAAUCAUGACGACCUCGGCUGAAUCGUAUAUGUGGUCAAGCGGGCUCACGACGACGGCGUCGACUUCGUCGUCGGACUCGGAUACGGGAUCGUUCGCCAAUCAGCCGCUGAUGUCCGGGGACGAUUACUUGACUCAUGAGGAUGUGCGUGAUCCGUGUCUGAAUCAAGGAACCCAGCUUCGCGAUGAGAUACGGUGUAGCAUCAUACAGAAACGAAUACAAAAGGGACUUGGCGGCAUCAGGCUGGAUUGGAAGAAUAAUGGACAAGAAACGCUUUCAAAAGAAGAAGAUGACAAACGAAGACAGCGCCGAGAAAGAAACAGGGUUGCUGCUUCGAAAUGCAGAGAGAGGAGGAGAGAAAGAACAUUUGUCUUGGUCGAGGAAACUGAACACUUGGAGAGCAACAAGCAGGAUCUAUUGGACGAGAUCGAUCAACUCGAAGAGCAGAAAGCAAAACUUGUCGCCAUCCUCACCGAGCACGAUCACAGUGGACAGUGCCAGAGACACGCACAUGUCGUCGAAGAACUCCACAUCGAUCCCUGAUGUCGUCUACGAUAUCAUUGUCGGGUUGUUUGAACUUUUAACUGUGGUCGUCUUAUGAGAAUAAGGGACACUGAACACAACGACGAUAAUGAACGAUGACGAUUCUGACUGAACUGAAACCGUUGACGAUCACUGAGGCUGUUCAAAUUUUGGAUUUUCGUAAUAGAGAUAGUUCCAUGUUUUCAUGAUCGUAGACAUGGUCAUGAUGGUAGAAUUACGGGAAGGAAGGAUGUUUGGGCAUUCAGGCAGGUGCUGAUCAUGAUCUUGACUGUGUCCACAUGUAAGGAGAGAUGCUCUAAUGUUUUCAGAGUUUGCAUGUUUGGAAAGCAUGGUGCUUGACAAAUUCUAUCAAAGCAGAUAUUUCGCUCAAAAAUCUUAUUAACACGAUAGGAAAAAAAAGCAUUUAACCCAUUAUAUUGAAUAUCAUGAUGACGUAUGCACUGGACUGCCUGGUAAUUUCUGUAUAUAUUUAUAUUUCCUUUCCUUGCCAGGAAUCAUGCCAUUCUUUGUAUCUCGUGGCAAAAGGCGCUUUAGAAAUAUCAAGAACUGUAUUGUUAUCAAACUGAAAAUGAAAUAGAAUAUAUACAUGUUAGGAAUGUUACGGUUGCUAGAUGAUAAUAAAGAUUGAAGUAGGUCAUUAAAAUACGUGCAACAUUUUGUUGCCUUAGUGUAUACUUAUACAUAAUUUGAUAUGCAAAUACCACCAAAUAGUGGUUAACUUAAAACAAAAUUGAUGUUUAUUUAUGAAAUCAACCAAAAACCGCCUUAGCUUUGAACUGUAAACGUGGUAUGCGUACUAGAUAUUUCAAAAUAUUGAGAUUUUCAAUCGUUUUUAUCAUAGAGUUUUAUCAAAGGAAAAGAAUAUAUUAUGUAUAUUUAUAAUUAAUUGCUUUUGAAUGGAGUACUAUUAUAUUAAAUGAAUUUUCAACAAAUCUGUUAGGGUAGUUCCUGUUAUGUUUUUGAGAGACCGUGGAAAAGGGGGAAAGUCACCUUAAUAGUCUCCAUCGGCCGCUUGGUCCACUUUCCGUUUGGUAUUAUCCCACUCGGUCUAAUCCUGAACCAUUUGGUCUAAUUGGAAUUUUGAAACCGAUGCAGGGUCCCGUUACACAAAGGUUAGCGAUUAAUCGUACUCUUGGUUUCCACGAUUGAUUGUAGUCAAUGCAAUCAAUCGUAUAUAGACAAAUGUUCUACGAUUGAUUGCUAAGCUUUGUGUUACGGUCAAAAUAAAUGAUUUUACUUUGGUUACUA